AUGCCAUCUCAUUUUGAUACCAUUCAAUUGCAUGCCGGCCAAGAAGAUCCAUCUGAUCACGCUUUCAGACCAAGGGCCGUUCCAAUCUACGCUACAACAUCCUAUGUCUUUAAGGAUUCCGAACACGGUGCAGGCCUAUUCGGUUUGAAAGUCCCGGGUUACGUUUAUUCCCGUUUCCAAAACCCAACUUCCGCAGUACUAGAAAAUAGAAUCGCUGCAUUGGAAGGUGGUGCUGCUGCUCUCGCCGUCGCCUCUGGUCAGGCUGCCCAAACCCUUGCAAUUCAAGGUCUAGCCCAUGCUGGUGACAACAUCGUCUCCACCUCGUACUUAUACGGUGGUACUUAUAACCAAUUUGCUGUAUCCUUCAAAAGGUUAGGUAUCGAAACCAGAUUCGUCCAUGGUGAUAAUCCCGAAGAUUUUGAAAAGCUAUUUGAUAAAAGAACCAAGUGUGUCUACUUAGAGAGUAUUGGUAAUCCAAAGUACAACGUCCCUGAUUUUGAAAAGAUCGUCGAAGUUGCUCACAAACAUGGUAUCCCAGUAGUCGUUGACAACACAUUUGGUGCCGGUGGCUUCUUCUGUCAACCAAUCAAAUAUGGUGCAGACAUUGUCACACAUUCAGCCACCAAAUGGAUCGGUGGUCAUGGUACUACCCUUGGUGGUUUGAUUAUCGAUUCUGGUAAAUUCCCAUGGAAGGAUUAUCCUGAAAAGUUCCCACAAUUCUCUACUCCAUCUGAAGGCUACCACGGUACUAUCUUCAAUGAGGCCUACGGUAACCUUGCAUACAUUAUUCAUGUCAGAGUCGAGUUAUUAAGAGAUUUUGGUCCUUUAAUGAGCCCCUUUGCUUCCUUCCUUUUAUUACAAGGUAUCGAAACUUUAUCUUUACGUGCAGAAAGACAUGGUCAAAACGCCCUUGCAUUGGCCAAAUGGUUAGAAAAAUCUCCAUACGUCGCCUGGGUCUCUUAUCCUGGUCUUGAAUCACAUUCUCAUCAUGAAAACGCUAAAAAGUAUUUAUCUAAUGGGUUCGGUGGUGUACUUUCAUUUGGUGUCAAAGAUCUUCCAAAUGCCGAUAAAGAGACUGAUCCAUUCAAAUUGUCAGGUGCCGUCUUUGUCGACCAUUUGAAAUUGGCCUCCAAUUUAGCCAAUGUUGGUGACAGUAAAACUUUAGUCAUUGCUCCAUAUUUCACUACCCACGAACAAUUAGAUGAUGAGGCUAAAUUGGCCUCUGGUGUUACCAAAGAUUUAAUCAGAUGUUCUGUUGGUACCGAAUUUAUUGAUGAUAUUAUCGCUGAUUUCGAACAAGCCUUUGAAAAGACUUUUAAUGGUAUUAAGCCAGAAUAA